AUGGCAUACACGGAGAACCGCGCCAGCAAGGCUAUCGAUGUGUUUCUCGACAGUCGAAGCGGCUCGCCAUCCGCUAUGGCCAGCGCCAGUGUAACCACCUCCAACAACGCCAUGGACCACAACCGAUUUGCCACAAUGAUCGCCCUGCAGAACCGCCUUCUGAGUAUUAUGGCGGAGGCACAAACCAUUGUACAGCACCUGCAGCAGAACGGCUUCUUCCCCCGCGGCUCUGGAGCCAACCCGGAGGAGGAUGCGGCCAACAUAAUCAUGCAGAUGCUGCGCGCCAGCCUUGAAGUAUCCCAUUCCUCGGCCACGUCGCCGAGCGGAAUGGUCUGUGGCUCGCCGUCGACCAUGGACGCUGGAGGCAUGCAGCAUAUGUCCAGUCUCAACUCGAACAUACCCGCUGCCUUGGACGACGUGCCGUCCAGAGCUCCGACCAAGUCGUCCCCCCAUAACAACACCAACAGCCGUAGCAGUACGGACAAUGUGGCACACAACGCCGUCUCACACAACGUCGUCGAGGAGUUUCUUCUAUCCGGCCAAGAUGGUCAGCAACAGCAACAUUACUCGAACACUGCGAACGCAAACCACAAUGAAGAAGAAGGUGACGAGCUGCCGGAAGGGUCAGAGAUGCUGGCGUUUGUUGAGUUCAAGCGCGGCCGCGUCCGCAAGUACGUGUGUGAGCACCGCAUCGAGCCUGGAAACUACGUCCUCGUAGACGGCGACCGUGGCACAGACUGCGGCCUAUUGGUACAGACGAUCGAGCGCAAGCCAAACAACGAGACGGCCGUUGUGUCGAUGGAGGGCUGUGACAUCCGCGAUGACAAGAUCAAGCUGGAGAACGGCCGCGUUCUGCGCCAGGCCUCAGAAGAAGACAUCGACCGCCUUCACAACAUCAUUGCGAACGCAGAGAGCGUUGCGCUCAAGACAUGCCGCCAGCGGUGUUUGGAGCUCGGCAUCGACAUUGACCUGCAGGAUGUGGAGUACCAGUUCGAUAUGAAGAAGAUCAGCUUCUUCUUUGACUGCGACCACAGCGUCGACUUCCGGUCCCUUGUGCGGGAGCUCUACCGCACUUUUGGGGCACGGAUCUGGAUGGAGAACAUCAACCCCAAGGUCAAGAACUCUAUGCCAGACGCUAGUGGACACGAGCGCAGUCAUGGUGGGGGUCAUCACGGCAACGGCAGCGGUUGGCGCAACAAUCACCGCGGCGGUCGUACACGUGACUACUGA